GCGGCGGGCAUGAACCCCCCAUCGGGGGUCGUCCCCCCGGGGGUCGCGGGCUCGGCCGGCCCCGACGCCUACAGGGGCUGGCUCUUCAAAUGGACCAACUACCUCAAGGGCUACCAGCGACGAUGGUUCGUGCUCAGCAACGGCCUCCUCUCCUACUACAGAACUCAGGCUGAAAUGGCUCACACCUGUCGUGGAACGAUCAACUUGUCAACAGCUCAUAUUGACACCGAGGAUGCCUGUAACAUUGUGCUUUCCAGCGGGGGAAGGACAUACCAUCUAAAGGCAGGCACCGAAGUGGAGAGGCAGCGAUGGGUCACUGCUUUGGAGCUGGCCAAGGCCAAAGCAGUCCGCAUGAUGACCAACCAGUCAGAGGAACCCAAAGCCUCUUCUGAGGACAGAGACACUGUACCCUGCUUGUUGAGCCCUCCUCUCCUGUCUGAGGCUUCACCCUCAGCCUUCAUCUCUCCAACAAAGUUUAAACGAGGUUUGUGGGGCAAAAGUCCACUCCCAUGCUGCCCUGCCCAUCUCCAGUCACCAGAUGACUCCGGUGAUGAGGAGCCCUCCACCCAGUCCGACAAGGCUGAUCUGCACCACACUCUGAAGAACCUCACCAGUAAACUCGAUGACCUGAGCACCUGCAACGACCUCAUCGCCAAACAUGGGGCCGCUCUUCAGAGGUCGCUGAGCGAAUUGGAGAACCUCAAGGUACCAGCCGACAGUGGCGAGAAGCUCAAAGCUGUGAACGAGCGAGCCACCCUCUUCCGGAUCACCUCCAAUGCUAUGAUAAACGCUUGCCGGGAUUUCUUGGAGUUAGCGGAACUGCACAAUCGGAAAUGGCAGCGAGCCCUCCAGUAUGAGCGGGAGCAGAGGAACCGCCUGGAAGAGACUAUUGAGCAAUUAGCUAAACAGCACAACAGCUUGGAGCGAGCUUGCCGAGGGACUCCUUGUCUGUCCACCACGUCUUCGGGGACCAUCUCCAAGGCAGGCCUGGUAUCUUUCAAAGGGGAAGCCAGUGAUGAAGAUGAGGAGACGGAGUAUUUUGACGCCAUGGAGGACGCACCAGAUUUUAUCACAGUAACUGCAGACCCCAAACAGCACAGACGUUCUGGCAGCAGCCUGAGUGGGGCCAGUGGGGGCCCCGCUGAUGACUGGAACGUGGAGGACAGUGUGUUUGAGAGCCCUCAGCCGACCAAGACCAACCCACCUAAGGUCAAACGGCGAACUCGCAUCCCCAACAAACCCAACUACAGCCUUAACCUCUGGAGCAUUAUGAAAAACUGCAUCGGCAAAGAGCUGUCCAAGAUCCCCAUGCCUGUGAAUUUCAACGAGCCCCUGUCUAUGCUCCAGAGGCUGACUGAGGAUUUGGAGUACCAUGAGCUGCUGGACAAGGCUGUCAAGUGCGAGAACUCGACAGAGCAGAUGUGCUUCGUGGCCGCGUUUUCGGUGUCUUCCUACUCAACCACCAUCCACCGCACAGCCAAGCCCUUCAACCCCCUACUUGGGGAGACCUACGAACUCGACCGGAUGGACGAGCUGGGCUUCCGUUCGCUCUGCGAACAGGUGAGCCACCACCCUCCUGCAGCUGCUCACCACGUCUACUCCAAGCACGGCUGGGCCCUUUGGCAGGAAAUUACCAUCGCCAGCAAGUUCCGGGGCAAAUACCUCUCCAUCAUGCCAUUAGGUGCCAUUCAUUUAGAGUUCUCAUCAAGUGGGAAUCACUACAUUUGGAGGAAGGGCACUUCCACUGUGCAUAACAUCAUCGUGGGCAAGCUCUGGAUCGACCAGUCCGGGGACAUAGAGAUCGUCAACCAUAAGACGAAGGAUAAAUGCCAGCUGAAAUUCACACCCUACAGCUACUUCUCAAAAGAUUCUGCCCGCAAGGUGACCGGUGUAGUGGCCGACGGCACCGGCAGGGCCCACUACGUCAUGUCGGGCUCGUGGGACGAGAAGAUGGAGUGCGCCAAGAUCGUGCACAGCAGCCAGAGUCGCUCCAACGUGGAGGGCAAGCAGAAGACCGUCUACCAGACGUUGCCAGCCAAGGUCCUGUGGAAGAAAUACCCUCUGCCGGAGAACGCAGAGAACAUGUACUACUUCUCCGAGCUGGCUCUGACCCUCAACGAGUCUGAGGUCGGGGUGGCCCCCACGGACAGCAGGAUGCGGCCCGACCAGCGACUCAUGGAGAGCGGCCAGUGGGAUGAAGCCAACGUGGAGAAGCAGAGGUUGGAGGAGAAGCAGAGGCUCGUGCGCCGUAAGCGGGAGUCGGAUGCCAUGGAGGCGCUGGAGGGAGGGAAGAACUAUACUGGAUACACCCCACUGUGGUUUGAAAGGAAGACGGAUCCCCUGACGGGAGAGCUGGCCUGCGUUUACAAAGGGGGCUAUUGGGAAGCCAAGGAAAAGCACGACUGGCACAUGUGCCCGAAUAUCUUCUGACGGGCCCUUCCCACACCAGGCAGCCGGCCCCAGGGCCCUUCCCUGAUCUGGAAGAGGCUGGGGGAGCAGCCCCCGGAGAGCCGGGGCAGGCCGGGCUCUGAGGCCUGGGUCACCGGGCAAAGAAAUAAGCCACCCAUCUACCCACAAAAAGCAAAUACAGCAGACAAGCAGACCAGGGAUUCACAUGUAUUUUUUAUGCACUAAUGAAAUAGCAUUGGAGUUUUCUUUCUUUUUUUUUUCUUUUUUUAAUAGUGACUUUUUUUAGCUCCUAAUUAGGACCGAGGACACAUUGAAUCUGGUUAUUUUAAGCCGCGUGUAUUUAUUGCCGUCAGCACUUGCUGCCAACUCUUUUGACACCUCGGCUCAAGACUGUGAUGCUCCGACUUCCAAAGACGCACGUGUGGCGAGGAAGAGCCCUCUGAUGCACGUUUACUUUGCUCUUUUGUUUCCUCCUCGUAGCUUUCUUUAAAGGUAUGCGCUCUGGAACCACAAUGUCUGCCGAGACCGUGGGCGGCUCGGGUGCUGUCCCCAAGAGGAUUGGGGUGGGUGGGCACUCCUAAGUAAGUCUGCUGCCCUUCCUAGCUCAGUGGGCUUCUCCCCCUCCACCCCUCGAUUCCCCGCCAAGGCGGGGGCUGAUUAGCCAGGUUCCCUGGGGGCCCUUUGCCGGUGACCUUUGGGGUUUUUUUGGUCUGGGUUUCUUUUUCGGUUGUUGGAUCAGUUUCUUUCCAGCCAUGAUGUUUAGUAAAUAUUUUUAGUACAGAACUAACCAGAGAGCUUUUCCAAGUAUUCUUUCUUGACGCAGCAACGUCCAAGAGAGAGCCCUGUGCUUCCACAAGAACGGGAAGCAGAAAGACCUCUCAGAGCUAGGGGGCUUACUCUGGAGAAGCUGCUGCUUUAACUUUUCCCAAACAGAAGUUCUUGGCCGGCUCCCGCAACCCCUGACUCCCACGCCCUCCACCCCCAUCGCACCACCAGCCUCCCACGCCAGCUCUCAGAGCGCCCUACACCCGGCCUUCGCAUCUCCAUUCGGGAACCCGCCCUCCGUGCCUCUGCCCGAGCAGUUUGAGAGCUGGCAUCGAGGCCCCCAAGUGAGCUCCUGAAGGGAAGUGACAGUGACCCUUCCCGCGCUGGGCUUGGGGCUCCAGAUUUCUUCUGAGCUAUAUCUUGAGCAAGAGGCCAUGGCUGUGGUUGGCCUUCCUGAAGCCCCACAUGGGCUGGUUUCCUGCUUGGGGACCCCACCCCCUUCCCCUCUGUCCACCCACCGCAAGGGUGGGCCGCCGGGUCCCCACCCCGCUCAGGAGAGGAAAGCAGGUCUCUGAAGGGCCUGAGGUCAGCAGAGUCAGAAGAAGACGCUGCCUCCCAAGGAGAAGGUGACCGAGCUCCAGAGCCAGCCUCUCAGCACAAGACCUGCAGCAUGCCCAGGUCUGCUCCCCGGGCUCGACCCUCCAGGCAAUAGCCUGCCCCAGGGCACCCCAGACCAGGAGCUCAUGGCGGCCUCUUUGGAGACCACCUGGGCCCUCUGAGGGACAAAGUGGGCGAGCGGCACCCAGUGCUUCCACUCCGGGGAGAGUUCCCACUUCCAAAGCACCAACUUUGCGAUAGCACAAAUGUCCAGCAGUUGGUCCGUCAGGACAAAGGGCGCCUCUAUGGAUGGACUCCCACAGAGGCUCCAGCCGGGUCUCCGGCACCAGUCUCUCUGCAGUGGGAUGGGCUCAUUCUGCCUUCAGAAUCUGAGCUGGCCUGGCCCUGGAUCAGGCCCUCGGUCACCCCUAGCAGUGCCACCGAGCCUCUGUUUUGCAAGAGAAAUCCCUGUCCAGUUUGGGCCACCUGCUGCUUGCCCACGGGCAGGGGCAGCAGAGGACUCUGAGCAGAGAGUGGCUGCAGUGCUCCCCCGGCCCAGCCCCAGCUCUUCAAGGGCUCCUCCUGCUCGUGCUUAUGCCCCUCGGCGAGCUUGAGCAGAGAAGUGGCUCAGCAGCCAGCAGCCUACUCACAUCCAGCCUCAGCUUCCCCACAACCACCGUGAAUCAUCACAGGCUGUGCUUGUUGGGUUGAAGUGGGGGCUUCUGGCAGACCCGAUGUGGACUCCCCCCAGGCUCUACCCAGCAUCCGGUCACCUUGCCUCUAGGGGCUCCUUCAGUCAGGACCGUCCUCCCACCCCCACCCCAAUCCACCUCCUCCCCGUUCCCUUCCGAAGCUCCGGGCGGACAAGCCGAGGGCCCCUCUCGGAACCGGUUCCAGCCAUAGCCUGGGGCGUUAAUCCUGUCGGGCCUUUGGCCCUUUCGGAUUCCAACUGGUCACCUCCUGGAAUACCAGUACAGAAGCCCCUGGACUGUCUGUCCCAUCCCACAUUCUGCCUGGUUUCCUUGUUUCUCAGGACAUUUGCACUGACCCGGGGUCCUGUCCCAGCACGGUCACUCACCCUGGCUGCUGCUCACCCACCCAGGGCUGGGGUCCCGCUGCCCCAGCAGUGCUGCCAGGGGCACAGUCUGGCUGCUGACCGAGCCACCCAGCCAGGACGAAUCUGGUUCAGAAUGAUUUGGGCUCCGUGUGCUUGACGUCUGAGGUGCAGGGGGGGGACAGAAAGCCCAUCAGUCCAGGCUCUGAGGCACCGGGUAGUUUGGCAUCUCUGGGAGCCCCGGCGGGAAGGCAGAGGGGAGGGAGCUUUUUUUUAGGAGACCCUCUCCUCCUCCACCUAACCCCCCCCAACACUGUUCCAACAGCUUCCCUCUCCCAGGUUCCAAAUCUCAGCCAGCACAUCCAAUUGAAAUGGGAGGAAAUUUAGCAAUAAUGAACUUCACAGCUUAGGGAACUGGAAAAUCAAAACUGCACAAGGGACACAUAUGCAAUCAGGUUGCUGAGACCCUGGGAGUCUUUCUGAUCUGAUUCUUCUCAUUCAGCACCUACAGUUUCUCUUCUUUACAACCAGUGUAUGUAUACAGUAUAUUUGUAUAUAUAUGUAUAUAUACAUAUAUAUAAAAAAACCUGUAAAACAUAACAUUAGUGAUUGGAUAUCAGUGUGUUAACUGAUUUCAGUGCAGCCUCUAAUCUUUUAUUUAUUUGCUUCUAAUUUAUAUAUACAGUAUAUAUAAAAAUAAAUAUAUAGAAAAUUAUUUUCCUUAAAUUUAUAUGGCACACAAAGUGGAAAAAUAAUGAUGACAGAGGCCUCUGUCUGAAUUUUUACAGUACAAUAAGUACAAAAUAUUUCAUUCUAUCUUUCAGGUAGGCUAAAUCUCAGUGAACAGGAGGGUAGGAGAUAAAGAAAUGGCCUAGGUUAUGCUUCCUUAGAUUCACGACACUUCCUGGGUCUUUUCCAUCUUCCAAAGGGUAAGGCUAGGCUGUCCCAUCACCUGGUUUUCCCUUUUAGAAAUAGACCUAGUAUUCUGAAAUCUUUCAGUAUUCCAGCCAGCUUGCGGGGGAGAGGGGGUUGUUCCAAACGGUGACCUCCCCCGUCUCCUUCUGGGCUCGGAAGAGCAGGAAAGGAGUGGGGCUGACCCUGGCCCUGGGAGGCUGAGGUCUCCCGUGUGGCUGCAGGGGAUUGCCUGGACCCCAGAACCCCACAGUUGCUCCCUUCCUCCCCUUGCUUCAUCCCGGCUCUCCCUCACCCCAAGACUCACCUUCCCGGGACUGCUCCGUAUGAGAUGGUCUGAACUUCUUUAAGGAAAAUUAAACUAGGCACCUCCUCCAGUCCUGCUGUUCUCCUUUUGGUUUGAAUUUUGAAAGUUCAAUACAGGGUGUUUUUUCCCCCACUCCAGGACUGAUUGAGUUUUGUACCAACGGACUUGAAACACCGACGUGUAAAAUGCCUUAUUUUCCUCACUUCUUUGUGUCACACAAGUGUCAGCCUGAGCAGGGACCCAGCCUGUCAAUGAAAUGAGAUGGGACCCUUGCCCCCCCUCCACCCCGGGGGGUGCCCACUCAGUGUUGGUGACGGAUUGGGAAUGAGAUCACAGGUGGAGCCAGGCAAGGUGGAGCCAGGCAAGUGCUCCUUUCAAACCUCGGUACGGCAGCCACUGUCGAAGCCAGGCAGCAUUCUGUACAGACCCGCCGAGCUAAAUGUGGGGGGGGCGGCAAGUAACCCUGGGGCAAAAGCAAUUUUUAGGAUGCUAUUUUUAAAGUUUAAAGAAAUAGCCGUAGCUUCCAAAGCCCAUUUAGGGAUAGCACUUAAUCAGAGCCCCGUCUCCUGGCCUUUCUAUUUUUCCCACAAGGUAAUUUUAAUGUCAUUACUGUACAUGUUGUUGAAUGCCAUUCUUUUGAACACGAUAUUGUGAGUGAUCGCUCUUCUCCUACCUGGUAAUAAAACGUGGAUUCAGGAGUUUUCAAAUGCC